CCCCUGCCAUGUCGUCGGGCUCGCCGCCGGCCGAGCAGAGGGCGCGCAGCCUGGGCCGCCUGUCGCUGCCCGGGCGGGGCAGCAUGACGCUCGGCAAGAAGCCCCCGGCGCUGGAGCUGGCCGAGAGCACCCCGAACGCCCGCUACGCCCCGAUCCUCGCCGCGCAGGGCGGGCAGCCGCCGCCGGGCUGCAGCGCCGAGCCCCCGCGGGAGCGGGAGCGGGAGCGGCCGCCGCGCCUCAGGAGCGAGGCGGCGGCGGUGGUGGUGAGCGCCGACUGCCCGCGGCCGCCCGUCAGCCUCGACCCCCGCGUCUCCAUCUACAGCCUCCGCAAGCCGCUGCUGAGCCGGAGCAACAUCCAGGGCCGCGUCUACAACUUCUUGGAGCGCCCCACGGGCUGGAAGUGCUUCGUCUACCACUUCGCCGUCUUCCUAAUUGUGCUGAUAUGCCUUAUAUUCAGUGUGCUUUCUACAAUUGAACAGUAUGCAGCUCUGGCUACAGGGACGUUAUUUUGGAUGGAAAUUGUAUUAGUGGUAUUCUUUGGAACUGAAUAUGUGGUUCGGUUAUGGUCAGCAGGAUGCCGCAGUAAAUACGUCGGAAUAUGGGGAAGGCUUCGUUUUGCUAGGAAGCCUAUUUCAAUCAUUGAUUUAAUUGUAGUUGUUGCUUCCAUGAUAGUACUUUGUGUGGGCUCUAAAGGUCAAGUCUUUGCAACCUCAGCUAUCAGGGGCAUCCGUUUUCUGCAGAUUUUGCGAAUGCUGCAUGUUGACCGUCAAGGUGGGACGUGGAGGCUGUUGGGAUCGGUAGUUUUUAUACACAGACAAGAACUGAUAACAACACUGUACAUUGGUUUUCUGGGCCUGAUUUUUUCCUCUUAUUUUGUGUACCUGGCUGAAAAAGAUGCUGUAAAUGAUUCUGGAGAAACAGAGUUUGGCAGCUAUGCAGAUGCCCUGUGGUGGGGUGUAGUGACUGUUACAACUAUUGGCUAUGGGGAUAAAGUGCCUCAGACCUGGAUAGGAAAAACUAUUGCAUCUUGUUUUUCAGUGUUUGCAAUUUCAUUUUUUGCUCUACCAGCGGGAAUUCUUGGUUCAGGGUUUGCCCUAAAAGUACAACAGAAACAAAGACAGAAGCAUUUCAACCGUCAAAUUCCAGCUGCUGCCUCUCUUAUACAGACUGCAUGGAGGUGCUAUGCAGCAGAAAAUCCAGACUCUUCUACGUGGAAAAUAUAUAUUCGAAAACCUACUAGGAAUUAUCAUUUACUGUCACCCAGUCCAAAACCGAAGAAAUCAGUGAUGGUUAAAAAGAAGAAAUUUAAGUUAGAGAAGGACAAUGGACCUUCUUCUCCAGAUAAGGUGUUAACUGUUCCACAAAUCACUUACGACCAUGUGACAGAUGACAGGAAAUCUGAUUUCAGCAUCGAAGCAUAUGAAAACUCUGGACAAACAGGAAUGUUAAAAUUGCUUGAUUGUCAGCGCUCCUGGCCGUCUUUUUCCGCAGACCAGCAGUCCUCCAGCGCUCCUCCCUCACCAGUGAAAAAAAGCCCAACGUUUCUAGAUGUGAACACAGGACCCUUCAUCAGGACCAACAGCUUUGCAGAUGAGCUUGACCUGGAGGGUGAGACACUGUUGACCCCAAUAACUCACAUCUCGCAGCUGCGUGAACACCACCGUGCUGCAAUUAAGGUGAUACGUCGGAUGCAGUAUUUUGUGGCAAAGAAGAAGUUUCAGCAAGCUAGAAAGCCGUAUGAUGUCCGAGAUGUUAUUGAACAGUAUUCUCAGGGUCAUCUCAACCUGAUGGUGCGAAUCAAGGAGUUACAGAGGAGGCUGGAUCAAUCUAUAGGGAAGCCAUCUCUCUUUAUCUCUGUCUCAGAAAAAAGCAAAGACCGAGGGAAUAACACGAUUGGUGCCAGGUUGAACAGAGUAGAAGACAAGGUUUUGCAGAUGGACCAGAAACUGAACCUUAUUACAGAUAUGCUGCAUCAUCUGGUUUCCAGUCAACAGGGUGGUCAAGGCAACAUCAGAGCAUCUCAGAGAGGCAACAACGUUAAUUCAGAUCUUUUCCUCCCUAAUAACACUCUGCCGACCUAUGAGCAACUGACAGUGCCAAGAAGGAAUCAAGAUGAUACCUCCUGAUGUGGUGUAAGUCCAGGCUGGGUUCAUCCCACCUUUCUCACGUAAAUGAGACUGAAUGUUGUGAAUCUGGAAGGAAUUAAGUUCAUCAGCCAUCCAAGAAAACACAAGACUGUUGCAUCUAUACCGCUAGUCUCAAAUACACUCUUCUGAAAGUCGCUCUAAUAGACUAAGGAUUGCCAAACUGUUUUCUACCAGGCUAAACUUACUGAAGUUUCAUGUUGAUUUUUUUCAAGAACAAACGAUCGCAACUCGUUAUUUCUUGGAAAGACCAAGACAAUGUAAAGAGAGGCAAAACUGCAAGGAUUUAGAGCUCCUUUAAUAAUAAUAAAAAUAGCAAUAAUAAUAUUCUAAUAAUACUUGAACUUAGAUGGAAAAUGUGCAUUCUGUUUAUGAAUCUGCAGAUAGCAAUAUAUUUCUGCUACUACGGUUUUUAAAACAAAAUAGGAUAACUUAUGUUGGUUUUAUUGUAUAAACAUACCACUAACAUUCUAGAGAAUGACAAACCACAUACUGAAUGAUUUUCUUUUUCUGUUUUAUUUUAAGGUUGCUACAUAAACAGUUAUCAGAUAAUGACCAGAUUUUUUAAAUCUGUUUUUCUUCAGGGAGGAACUAAUCCUUAAUCUGGAACAAUGCUAUUUAUAGUGGAAAGCGCUAUAGAUUUUUUAAGGUAUCAAUUUUUCCUGGGGAGACAAUAAAGUAUUACAUAGAGAAAAUGAUUCUACUUUCUAGAAAGCUGCUGCCAAAGAAUUUAUAUAUAAAUAGAAAACACAGUGGUCUGAAUGUGCUUGUCCUGAAAUAGCUUUUAAAAAUAAGGCUUACUACUUCUUAAACCUAUUCUUUUUAGCUUACACACUCCAAAAAUAGUACAACAGCAUACAUGCAAAAGUCUGAAGUGCCUGGACUUGCUGGUCAAGUGCUUGAGCUGGCCACUUAUUGCAUAUCCAUAAUUCUUGCAGGAAUCGAGGCCCCAAUUCAGGAAAGCAUCUCCCAUCCAGACAGCAUAUAUGGCAAUUUGAAUAGUUUCCUGAAUAACGGCUUGAGAAAUUCAACUCCUUACAAGAGUCAUUUGAUAUAGAAGAGUGCCAGCCCUAAUUCAGAGGACCAAGGGCCUCACCUACAACCAACAGAGUUAAACCACAUUACCCCACACUAUAGUUGCAUUGAAAGCAGCAGUGCUUGGCUUAGUGUGAUUUUUCACAUUCACAACGUGAGCAGGAUUUGGGCUUUGAUUGCCAAGGCUGAAAUUCAUUCCAUGAAAUAGUCAGCACCUGUACCAUAUACACCCUGUUUUGAAGGAGGAAUGUUUCUGCAGUUGACAGAGUGACAGGAAACUGAGGAUUGCGGAGCAGCUAUUGAACUCAAUUUAAUAACGGUAGCAUAUAUUGCUGGCAAGAGAAGAGGGAGCUGAAGACGGCUUUGUUGGUUCUUGCGCUCUGAGCAUCGUGCAUGCCCCACGCGCCUCGCUGCCCUCACUGCGUGACGGUGUCUCCCAGCCGUCCCGCUCCCGCCCGCGGCGGCAGGCGGCAGCCGCGGCUCCCUGAGCCCCACCUUGCCUGUGGGGUCCCUCAGCAGGAAAGCAGCAGCAGGUGACGCCUGCGCCGAGGAAGCAGAGAUCCUUUCCUUAACAGCCUCCCCCUCCACGGGGCGCGUCUCACAACCCCGCACUGCCCCCCGCGUGGCCGGAGAUGCGGGCACCCCCGGCUCUCCCUCCCCGCGCCGAGGAGCGCUCAGCUGCUGCGAGUUUAGGAAGUUGGGGAGUCUGUAAGUUCCACCCUCUAGUGAUGUAUGUAAAAAUGCAAAAUUUAAAUGCUUGUUUGAAGGAGAGCAGACUUAAAAAUAGUAAAAAAACCUGGAAAGACUAAUGCCCUAAAGCCUCGUAAUUUUGCAGAGCAAUUAAUGUCACCAAUCUUUAAUAUAUGUGAGCAGUCUGAAAUACUGACGCGUAAUGAACAGACCUCACGGGCAACCUUUUCAUAAUACUGCUUGUAUUCCAGUACUGCAUUGUUUUAAACAUUUCAUCUAUUCCGCUUGUACUGCAGAGAACUGUAUACUGUAUUUAAUUCCACAGAUUAUGUUAAAAUUGUCCAGUCUUGCUGCUGUACGGUAGAUAAAUGUUAAGGGUGUAGAAAUUUACAGACAUAAGCAGGGAUUAUAUCUGGGCAUUAUGUUUUAUAGAAAUCAAAAUUGUUGUGAUGAUUUUGAACAUUUUUUAAAAAGAGCUUUGCUAUGUAAUUUCAGGUUAUCAAUCAGCCUCUUAAUUUCCUAAUAAAAUUCAGGACAAGA